AUGCAGCUCAACAUAGGAGAAGGGAAGACCACGGUCAUUACACUAAUGGCUGCGCUGUGUCUGGCAGAUGGCUCAGAAAUCCCUCGUAUUAUUGUUCCCAAGCCACUCUUGCGACAGAGCUGGAACCUGCCAACGCAGCAGUUGGGUGGAAUCUUGGGUCGACCAGUCUACCAGAUACCGUUCUUCCGUGAGACGUCUAUCCAUAAGGUAAUGAUCCGAAAUCUGAGAACCAUUUACGAUGAGUGCAAACAGUCUCGGGGCAUUCUACUCACCCUGUCCGAGCAUAUUUUGUUGUUUCGUCUGGUGGGCUUAGAUCUAGUGAGCAGAGACUUGGCCUUGGCGCAAGAAGCCAUUCAGCUUGAGGGAUUUAUCCAGCAGGCCUGCCGUAACGUUAUCGACGAGAGUGAUGAGAUUCUGGAUCCGAAGUUCCAACUAGUUUAUACUAUGGGAACUCAGCAGUGCCUUGACGGCAGUAGCAAUAGGUGGCAGAUGGCCCAGAGCUUACUCAUACUGGUUGAGGAUCAGGUGAGCGCACUGCACUCUCGAGCUCCGACCCUUUUAGACCUGGAGCGGUGCAGUGUCCGCUACCCGAUAGUUCAUUUUCUAAAACCGGGGACUGUCGAGAUUGUCAUUGAGUUGAUAUUGCAGACCCUGUUUAGAGAUGGUCUUCCCGGCCUUCCUCUUCACUGUUGGCCGCAGGAUAUCUAUGAGAGCGCAUGCAGGACUCUCCGAGGCAUAUUUAGGGAAGGUGUGAUUAUAAACAGUAUUCUCCACUAUUAUUACUCUGGUCUCUCUAUGAAACAAGUAAAACAGUACUUUCAGCUUCUGAUAACCCGUGACGAGUCAGCCCUGCCCGAGGGUUUACGUUCGCUUACGGGGAUCUUCUAUUUGUAUGUCCAGUAUCAGAAGGUAAUUCUUAACUUCUACUUGUCUCGGGUUGCCUUCCCCAAAGAAGCUAAGGAGUUCCUAUUUAAACUCAGCACUUUAGCGCGGGAUUUGUCCUCCAGGCCCCAUCAACCACGAACCACAGGGUUCACCCCUCAGCGUGAUCUGCCGCAUCUGCUACACAUUAAUGCCAUGGUGCUUGAGAUUCUCUUACGCCCGGAGAAUCGGGAGUCAGAGGAGCUGAUUUAUCUUAUUAGUAACCAGAAGCAGCCAAUCCGUGUUAUUAUUGACCUUUCACAAACCUCAACAGAUGAUGCGGAUGCAGCGAUCUACUUUGAUGACAAUGACGAAUCAGUUGUUAUUAACCGGGAGGGGCAUGUCGAGAGGCUUCUGUCAUCGGCCUUUUAUCAAAGGAUGGAGCGGUGCCUGCUUCCAUCGAAUUACCGAGCUGCUGUCACUUUGGGUCCACGGUUGACCAAUGCCCGACUGGUACAAGCAUGUAACGGGAUGCGCAAAUUAGGGAAUGGACAGUCGGUGGUGUUCAUCAUACCCCCGGAGGUCAGUCAUAGUGUAGGCGCAGCAGGAAACCCAGUCAAGUCGGUGGAUGUGAUCCAAUGGGCCCUCAACCAGACAGCUGAUGCAUUGGACACUCUGGGUCCCUUGUGGGCUUCACAAGGUCUACAAUAUCAUGGGCGCGUCUCCGCUUGGGACAGACUUUCAUCGGAAGGCCGGACGUUGCACGAAAUGAUUCAGGUCAUUCAAGAGCCCGAGGCCCAAAGUUUGUCGGAACUAUACGCUUCUUGGUGCACACCAAGACACAAUAAUCUGGUAGACUAUCUUGAUAAAUCUGACCCUAUGGUCCAGAGCCUACUGUUGCGCGUCGGCGAGGACCAACAGAAAGCCCUGCUACAUGAGGAGCAGGAACGAGAGAUUAGCCCUGAGGUUGAACGAGAACAGCAGGUCUUUCGUCCUCCCAAAGUACCACCCGCGUGUCAUUAUGUCCAUCCCGACAUUCGGUACUUCGUCACCCAUGGAGCCUUCCCCGGCGGCCGUGUGUCUGAGGUCGAGCCCGCAUUCCGCAUUUUCCAUCAUACUUCAGCCGGACGUUUCAAGUUUCCUGGAGGUUUAUGCCCAUUACUUUAUGCAACCAAGGAUCAUAUUCGUACCGUCACACAUAUUGCCAACAACGUUGAUGAGAACUUCCUCAAACAUGCGCACUGGAUUCUGUCAAACGCACACAACUCGAACUUGCUGAUCUUGAGUCAGUAUGAAGCAAAUGAGCUUUUGGACGACAUCCGUCGUUCUUGGAAGACGAAAUUACACCUCUACGCCCCCCGGCGGUCGAAGACAAUGCGAGCCUUUGAAGGAUUGGACUUUCUUACCAUAGGUGCCUGUUUUGUCAGCCAUCGAAGCCAUACAAAUACAUUACAAGAUUUGGCACUUUUCGCCGGGAAUUUGUAUUUCGAGUCCUACCUGGCAUACAAAACGUUCCGUGCUUUCUUGGGGCUAGUGACCGAACGGUCUCGCGAUGUGCCAGCUAAGGAAGUGAGUGUUGAGGGCUUUGUCACCCCGCAAGCAAGAACGGAAUGGCCGGUUGAAUCGCCGUUUAAGUCCACGCCUUUGCCUUUCUUGGGCGCCGUGCUGGAUAUUCGAAGCAGGGGGCAUGGGUAUCUCCAGACGCAUGUUGGGACAAUACUGGAAGCCGUUCCGCUUGGGCCAUCUUCUUUCGAAAACUCGCAUGUUGACAGUGGUUCACAGCCUAAAUUCUCUGUAUCCUAG